CAACACGAGUGAAUCGGAUAUUAUCAUUUAAUAGAUCAAUACACCGGCAUGUGGAGGAACAUCAUCGUUCAAUGUAUAUUAUGGGUCCUUCUGCCGGCUUGCGGCCAUCUUCCUGACUACGCUUCGACGCCAGCCAACAAAAUCGACCAAUUCUGCAGCCUAGCAGAAACGUGUAUUCAUGACACUAUUCCAAUUUGCGGGAAAAUGGGUGAUGAAAAACGAACAUUUCUGGACCUCUGCGACUUAUUGGAAUACGCCUGUGAUACUAACCUAAUUUUCACGCACAUUGAAGACAUUCCUGGAUGCCCCGUUCACAGAGCUCAAUAACAAAAUGUUUUUAUUAGUUUAAUAAUACUUCUGUAUAAGUUGAUAAACAUCGUUUUAGUUUCCCAAAUCUCUUGGAUUCUCAAGA